AUGGAGGGAAUCGUACUGAUACAGACGAGCUCAACGCUCAAGACUCAAAAUCAGCCACCUUUGUCGCCUGGUUCCUCUUGGGAUUCCACGAUAACAAUUGCAUCGUCGCCUAGCAGUGUGAGCAGCUACGACGGCAACGAUGACGAUGGAUGUAAUUCCUUCAGCGACUCUGGCGAGCUCCCCUCUAAAUCUACUGAUAAGAAGCUCGACAUUGAUUUAGGCCUCUCAACUUCCUCCACCAUGCAGCUGGAGGCUGGGCAAGAGGAUCCCGAGAGAACUCCCGUACCCACGCCUUUGGACGUUGACCGUCUUCAUGCUCUCUUUUCUGAGUAUGAAAAACUUGUCAAUGGGCAGGGGAUACCGCGUGAACGCGAGGCUUCACCAGAUGAGAAUAACGAAUCUUCUUACUCUGAUCAAACCGAACCGCGCCAGAAAGCCAUCUCAUACCCGACUGCGAAUGUCGCCCGUAAGCAGCAACGAGGAAUCUCGAAGGUCAAGACCAAACAGCGGAAGAAGGUUACUUCACGUAGGACUUCGUGUACGAAACGCGCGUUAGCUAGCAGUGUUCAUGAAUACGAAUACAUGCACCUGGGAGAAGCACGUCGAGUAACAAACGGAUCUAUUGAAGUUGAAGUAUUUUGGGCGCCCAUCUUCUUGCCGUGCAACCAAUUGCGUGGGGAACAGGCAAUCGAAGAGGCGAAAAACUUGGUGACCAACAAAUUUGGCCACGCCGCUUGGGAGAGGGAGAUGAGCAAGUUGGAUUGCGUUGACACACAGGGUGAAUUAGACUAG